UUAUGAAAAAAGUUCAUCUCGAUCCCUCGCAUUCUCAUCUACGCUCCUCGGCGGCGAGGCCACGCAUCGAGAUCGCUUCCGCCGCGCUGCGAUGCCCUCGUAUCCUUCAUGGCUUCACCCGCUCUCCCCCGUACUCCUUCUCGCCAUUCCUUUCCUCCUUGCCAUCCUCAUCCUCUCCCCCUCCAUCCCCUUCUCCAAUCGCGCUCUUCUCACCUCCCCGAGGUUCUUCUCGAGGGUGAGAUCGUCGGAGGAGAUCUGGAGUGUCACGAGGGUCGUUGAGUGGAAGCCGUGUCAUUGGUGGACGGAUCGGCCUCUGACUGCUCUGCCGCCCAAGACCAAUGGAUUCAUCCGGGUUGACUGCUACGGUGGCCUCAAUCAGAUGAGACGUGAUCUGUGUGAUGGCAUAGGAAUUGCUCGACUCUUGAAUGCGACACUUGUCUUACCGAAAUUUGAGGUUGCUGCUUAUUGGAACGAAUCAAGUGGUUUUGCAGAUGUGUUUGAUGUGGACUUCUUUAUUGAGCGGACGAAAGGUUUUGUAGAUAUAGUGAAAGAGUUACCAGAGGAGAUUGCAGGAAAAGAACCAUUUAGAGUGGAUUGCAGCAAACGCAUGGGGUCAUUUGAUUAUGCUGAGGUUGUUCUCCCUGAGUUACUGAAGCACCAGUUUAUCUCCAUCACACCGGCAAUGAGCCAGAGGAGAGAUAGGUAUCCUUUAUAUGCCAAGGCUGCUCUCUGUCAAGCUUGUUACAAUUCUCUGCGGCUGAACAAGGCCUUGGAAAAGAAAGGUUUUGAGCUUCUCAGUGCUAUACCCAAACCCUUCCUAUCCCUACACCUCAGAUUUGAACCAGACAUGGUAGCUUAUACUCAGUGUGAGUAUGAUGCUCUUUCUCCAUCAUCUUUGAAGGCCAUUGAAGCUGCUCGUGGAGAUAGGAAACCAUGGACAGGUGAUGCUGCUCGUCUCUGGAGGGAACGUGGGAAGUGUCCUCUGACACCAAAUGAGACGGCAUUUAUUCUUCAAGCUCUUGCUAUCCCCACAAACACCACCAUCUAUCUAGCGGCUGGAGAUGGUAUUUUAGAACUCGAAGGCUUUACAUCAGUCUAUACGAAUGUCCAUACAAAAUCUUCUCUCCUCAGUGCUGAUGAUUUUGUUGCAAUGCAUGGAAACACAAAAGCUGUAUUGGACUACUAUAUAUCUAUAAACAGUGAGGCUUACAUUGCCACCCAUUUUGGAAACAUGGACAAGAUGGUAUCUGCAAUGAGAGCAUUGAACGGUAUGUACAAAACUCUUGUUUUGAGCCGUAAGGCUUUCGCGAGCAGCACUUCAAAGGGAUUGGUAGGGAAGGAAUUGGCAUCCGCAUUGUGGGAGGCUCACAAAGAAGAUUUUGUGAUGGGGAGGGGAACAGCAUUGCCUGAUUGUUUUUGUGAGAUUGGAAUGUGAAUUUUCUUUUAUUCUGAGUAGCUGUGUUUUUGUCCAACUUAACCGUUUCAUGCGCCUCACAAACUACGGAAUUGUUUUCUGUCAUCUAUGAAAGUGUAGAGAAGGCUUCAUGCCAGCCAUGAGCCAGCCUUACUGACCCUAUACGUUGAAGAACACUAAGUUUCUUAAUUUUUAUUUCCGUUUUUUGAA